AUGGAAUUCUUAGUGGUUGGAUCGCAUUCCUUGCAUGAUCAAUCUAUACUUUUAACAUUGCGUGACACAUUAAUGCAUGUUCUUGGAUCUGGAUCGGAAAACUGCCCUCCGAGUCAUCAUAGGACUGAUGAAACCAUGGCACAGUACAAUAUUUCUCAAAACUCGCAUAUCAUUCUCCAUAAAUUCACUCAACCAUCAGUAGAUUUUUCACCUCUAAAUGCGUUGGAUGAAUAUUGGUCAAGUCGGUUAUCAAAUUUAGGCUGUUCAGUACCACUUUUACCCAUCAGCCAAGUAAACAUUCAAAUAACUCCUAAUGUGUUGGAUCAAACUGCCCGCAUUCGUAUUGAAUCUAUGACGUCUUCAACUACAAAUAAGCUACAAUGUUCUAGGAUUCAAGCUACGACAGACUACCAACAUACUAAGCUUACAGUAAAAACUAUUUUGAAAAAAACUAUUGUAGAUCUUCCUUUGAUUCAUGCCAAAACUGGCCAGGUUGAUUCUAUCAAGACUAUAGACAAUGUACUGGAUUAUUCUUUUCAAAAUGCAACAACUCCAGUGCAUAUCACUACAACUAUAGAGCCUGUAGUUGGCUACCAUUCAAAACUCCUUAUUUUUGUUUCCAAUCCAAAUGUAUUGGUUUGUACAGCAUCGAAUAACUAUGAAGAUGCGUACAUGGAUUUGGCCGUUGCAUUCCACCUUUCCAAAAACGCCUUCAUAGAUCGGUUUGAAGUUGGACGCAUUGACUUUGGACAAAAAGUUCAAAUAAGCGUGUUUGGUAAUGCUGAUUUAGAAGUUCCCGCAAAUGACCCUGCUGCUCAGGAAAAUAUUGCAUUACUACGAAUUCGAAAAAUGUGUAAUGAAAAAGAAGAAACUCGUAUUGAGAUUCCAUUUCAUUUGAGAUAUCAACCGCCAACAUCAACGAAUGCUACAUAUGCGCAAAUUGCAGUGAAUCUACCUGUAGCCAUGCUUUUGAGCAAUGCAUCUGAUACAGGACUACAAAUACAAAGAUUCCUUGAUAUUGAUUCACUUGAACAAGUCGUGUUUUUUCAAAUUCCACUUGGACGAAACGACGACUACAUUAUGGUGUACUUUGGAAAUAUAUUUGUGGUUCUAGCAGGCACAAUCUCGACUGUGUGGACAUUGGUCAAAUACUGCAAACCUGCUGUUCAAAAGCUAAAAACUGAAUAG